CUCAACAAGCGGAAGGAAAUCCUCUGUAACGCUCGUGAAUGUUGACUUGCUUCAACUAUGGUCUUCUCUCUCUUUCUCAACAUUCCUAUAAAUAUUCCUCCAUUUUUAGUACAGUCCUUCAAGCUUUCCCACUCUUAUAGAUGGCUAGCAUUUCUCAUUCUUGCUUAUUUCUAAUUUUGGUUCUCAUUUUUCAUUCUUCUUUCGUGUAUAAUCUAGCUGCUCAGAAUGCUGCGGUCGGGUCAAAAAGAGAAUCUCUAGAGAUAAUCAUUGGCGGCGGCGGCGGCUAUGCUCCUUCGCCUGAAAACGGAGAGUAUGCACCUCCUCCUCAACCUGAAGAAUGUCCACCACCCCCACCCCCACCUAUAUGCCCUGAACCAAUCCCUCCUCCUCCGCCUCCACCUCCACGUCCACGUCCACCUUCUCCUCCUCCUCCGCCUUCUCCUUCGCCUCCGCCUCCGCCUUCUCCUUCUCCUCCGCCUCCACCUACAACUCUAACUCCAAACCUCAUUAGAGAUUAUAAUGCAAUUCAGCAAUUCAGCAAGCUAAUUACUGACGAUCCGCAGGGCAUAAAAAAAUCAUGGGACCCGAAAAACAAGAAUGUCUGUAAAGGAUAUAAAGGCUUUUUUUGUGAUACAAGGCCUGACACCAGCGUGUUUUCAGUAGCAGCAGCAGACUUCAACGGCUAUAAUUUCAACGGCCCUAAGUUAAAAAUCGAGGAUUUCCUUGGUGAAUUAAAAGACUUGGCAAUCUUCCACGCCAACUCCAACAACUUCACAGGAAAAGUACCAAAAGGAGUUUCCAUCGACAACAUAAAUUUCCUCUACGAGUUUGAUAUCAGCAAUAACAAGUACUCCGACGAGUUUCCGUCACAAAUUCUAAAAGCCACAAAUUUAACCUUCUUAGAUAUCAGAUUCAACAAUUUUUUCGGUCCGGUCCCAGCAGGAGCCUUCAAUUUAGACUUAGAUGUACUUUUCCUCAACAACAACAAAUUCAGCCAACAGCUUCCUGACAACAUCGGAAAUACGGCGGCGUUAUAUGUCACUUUCGCUAAUAAUAUGUUUUCCGGCCCAAUUCCGAAAAGCAUUGGCAAUGCUAAAAAUUUAAUUGAAGUGCUUUUCCUGAAUAACAGUUUCACUGGGUGCUUGCCAUAUGAGAUUGGAAACUUGAAGAAAGCUACUGUUUUUGAUGUAAGCCGUAAUAAGCUUACUGGUCCAAUACCACAUUCUUUUGGUUGUUUGCCUAAAAUAGAGAUUCUGAAUUUAGCCACGAAUGAAUUUUAUGGUCCGGUGCCGGAACUGGUUUGCGAGCUGAAAACGCUGCAAAAUUUGUCAUUAUCAGGGAAUUAUUUUACGCAGGUUGGACCUGAGUGUAGGAAAUUGAUCAAGGCGAAGAGACUUGAUGUUAGAAAGAAUUGCAUUUUGGAUCUUCCAGAUCAGAGAUCAGCAGCUCAAUGUCGAGAUUUCUUUUCAAAGAACAGAAAAUGUCCAAAUGAAAAGUCAUUGACCAUUGUUCCUUGCCGGAAAAAUGGGUUUCUGAGUUCAACAGCGACGGCAACGGAGCAAUCAAAGGUUGCUGUUGCUCCACCUCCUAGAUCGUAUGAUGCUCUUUCUCCAAAUAAUAAAUUGCGAUUUUAAUUUUUAAGUUAUUAGAAAUAUGUAAGAAGAUCCAUGUACUAUAUUCUAUAUUCUAUAAGUUUUUAUUAGAAUUUGAAUUUUCAAAUAGAUAAUUCUGCAAAUAAUUUCAGUCAUUGAGUUAAUAUAUAAUGAAUUAUUUUUCAAUAUAA